AUGCAGUUGGCCGAGCUGAAGCAGGAGUGCCUGGCCCGCGGCCUGGAAGCAAAAGGCAACAAGCAGGAUCUGAUCAACAGGCUUCAGGCUUACCUGGAGGAGCACGCUGAAGAAGAAGCAAACGAAGAAGAUGUCCUGGCAGAAGAAAUAGAGGAGGAAGAGCAGAGCCCAGCAGAGCCGCCCGUCAAAGUGGAAGAGCCUCCUGUAAAAUCGCCGGACGUGAUUACGGAAAAGAAGGUGGUGAAAAUCACGUCGGAGAUCUCGCAGAUGGAGCGAAUGCAGAAGAGGGCUGAACGCUUCAACGUCCCCGUGAGCCUGGAGAGCAAGAAGGCAGCGCGGGCAGCUCGGUUUGGUUUGGCCACAGUUUCGACUAAAGGCCUCUCUGCAGACAGCAAACCCACGGUAAACAUGGAUAAAUUAAAGGAAAGGGCUCAAAGAUUUGGGUUGAAUGUCUCCUCGCUCUCCAAGAAGAGUGAAGAAGAUGAGAAACUGAAGAAGCGAAAGGAGCGGUUUGGCAUUGUAACGAGUUCAGCUGGGGCCGGCGCGACAGAGGACACAGAGGCAAAGAAGAGGAAAAGAGCAGAACGCUUUGGGAUCGUCUGAGGCCGGUCCUGAGCUUCCUCCCCUUCGCAGUGUGCCUCCCGAGUGCGUCCAUACUCUUCCUCCCCGCCCCCCACCCCCACUUUCUCCCACUCCCCCACUGUUUCCCUAGGUUUUAGCAAUGAGUAGGCAGGGAAACCCCCGUAGCUGUAUGGUUGUGCCACUUAGUUUGGGGUUGUUUUUUUUCAAGUUAAGAUGUUUAAAAAUGAAGAAAAGUUGAGCAAAAAAAGAAGAAACUCGGUGCAUCCCUGGGAGCCCACAGUGCCCGCGGUCCCGUGGCUCCCCCAGCAGCUCGCACCGCAGGCUGCCCGUGUCCCGGGGCCCCCC